AUGAUAAGAUCAAGGAGAUUCGGAAAAGUCUACCGUCAAAAUUCGACUAAUUUCGCUCCUAGAAACUCGAAGCCGCCUAUCAGAGAGCCCAACGCGAUCGAAAAACGUGAAAAGGGUGAGAAGGAGAAGGACAAAAAGGAGAAGAAGAAGCCGGUAAUACGUACGGACGGAUCCGUUGAUAAUAGCGAGAACCGAGUGGCGAUGGAAGCGGACGAUAACCCGAAGGGCGACCCCGACGCGGUGUUUCGUUACGAGCGGGGCGUGAAAUUUGCCGAGGAACCGGCCGCCAAGGCGAGCGAUAACGAUAACUUGGCCGAAAAGGGACGGCGAUACGUCACGAAGCGGCUUUGGGGAGUGAGCCUAAAACAGCCGAAGCCGGAUGUCGAAGAUGCCGCUUCGCUGACAUCCGAGAACCCCGGAAGAGGCGCGAGUGAACGUCAAAACGCCUCUCCAACCGUCAGAAUCGACGAGGCAAAGAGUAACGUUUCCUCGGCGCUAAACUCCUCGGCGAAAGAGGCAAAAACAACCGCGGAAUAUCUCUCGACUCCAUCGAGCAACUUAGUUUCGCCAAAUGACGAUCUUAUUGCAGCGGAACGAGAAAGAAUUGACGCAAGCCCGUCUUUGAAUUUUGAAGCCCUUCGAAAAAUCAUGAGCACAUCACCGAACACGCUAGAGGAAGUAAUCACUGUCGACGAUGAGUACAACGUUCCAGAAGGAGUGUCUCCAGACGCCGAAAUCGCCGCCUGGAAGAAUCUCUUUAUGAAAUGGAAAUCAAUCGCGGUCUCUCAGAAACAAGAUUUUCUGCCGGACGAUUAUAUAGGAAACCUGAAGAAGGUGUCUAUCCGACCGGAAGCGCCGCAGCCAAAAUUAGACGUGCGAGUCGUGAAGUCCAUCGAGGACAGCAUGAAGGACAAAGAGAUCGAUUCCAUAAAAUCUAUGGAGAUCGAGCGCUCCGGAUUCAUGGACGUACAAAGAUCAGACAGUCAUUCGUCCAACAGGAAAAUGCACACUUUGAACAUGCAGAUUCGCUAUGCACAUCGCAACGCAAAUUUUAUCACUCGACGAAAUAUUGAAUUACUUCCAGUCAGUUCUACUUAUGUUGAGAAAACUAUUCAGAUGUGUCCAGGAUCAACGUCAGCGUUCUCCACAAAUUCCGAAAAUCAGACAUCAAAUCAGCAGAGUGAAAAACAAAGAGACUCAAAAAGCCAUGAAAAAAAAUCUGACAUUACUACAAAUUCAUUAAACGCUACAGGACCUCUUUUAUCCAAGGAAUGUCAAACAUUUUCAAAAAUUAAUCAGAAACAAUCAUAUGUCGAUAGCAAUUUGGCCAAGAUACGAGCCAUUGCUGAGGAUAAAAAAACAAAAAUUUCUUUAAACCAAUCGCAAGUCACUGAAAAGUCGAAAGAUCACGAAAAGACUGCUUGUCUAUCAAAUGCUGUUUCUGCGCCUCUUCAAUCUGUACAAAAAGACGGAUCUCACUUUAAUAACAAGAAUAUUCAGAGCAAAACAAAGAAUUCCGAAGAUUCUUAUGUAUAUACAAACUUGCAAAACGAAAGCGCUACAUAUGUCGCUUUCGAUGCUCCAUCAACCGACAAUGAUCGAAUAGAAUCGUACGCAGCCAAAGAAGAUUCAAAAUCCAACUCGAAAAACGAGAAAAAUACCACCUUUGACUCGGAUGUGGAGGACGUGGACGAUUUGAGCAAGGAUUAUAUCAUCGAUGGUGAUUACGUACGACUGCCGGGCGAUCCCUAUCCUUACAGUAAAGAACACCUGGAUAAAUGGCGCGUGCCACAUUCCAGAAGCCUCGUUUACAAGUCGAUCAAGCGAGAGCCGUCUCGCUCUGAUUCUUCCUUCGUCGCUCGGUCAUCGCUGAGAAAUGUCAACGACUCGUAUGCAAACGCCGCCGCGGUGCCGCGCGAUUCCCACGCUGGAACGGUAAUGGAGACUUCAGGAAGCGGCGACAGCGCAAAAAACGCGGGACGAGCGAGCGGAUUCCACAUGUCCUCCCGGGACCAGCGGGUGGCACCUGAUUACCUGCGUGUCGACGAUGCCGCGGACACGCUGGGGCUGCGGCAAUGGACGCAGGCCUUCUCGCGGCUCGGCGCGGCCGACGAGAGGACGAGCCAGACGGCGCGGGACGGCGACAACGUGUCGCUGCACGCGUAUCAUCAGUGAACUCGCUGCGAAUUCGCGACGUAACUUCCGGCGAGUGUACACCCCGCGGCACCUUUGCAUAAUUCAGUUCUCUCGGUUAAUUAGGACGGGCUCGUUGCCCGCGUCGUAACGAGCGAGGGUUCCGCAAACUUUAAUCCCAGAUUGCGUAUCGUUUCCGUCCGCCUGCUGACGUUUAAGUGCACCGAGUAUGAAUACAAUGAA